UCUCUUUCCCUCUCUUCCCGCGGGUCAUGGCGCUCGCCGACGCUUCCGCUAAGAGAGAACACGUCGAAGCCGAAGAAAACCCUUGCAGCAAGAAGGGCAAGCUUGCAGAUGGAGUUUGGACCAAUCUCGAUUUGAUUCUCUCCAUCCAGAACAAGCAACUCCCACUCCAAAGGAAGAUCGAGUUGGCAUUCGAUUUUAUCUCAAAGGAUCCCAAAAUCAUCAACAAUGCCCCAAAUUCAGUGUCGAUUUCCCGCUUUGUAUUGUUUCUCAGUGAUUGGAUCCAAUCUGUUUUGAUCUCUGAUCAGAAUAAGAAAAGCUCGGAGCUUUCUGAUCCAUGCUUGGAUUUCCGGUGCUGGGCCGUUCUCCGAUUCUGCGUAGAUAGCUCUUCAGUAGGUGUUUCGCCGAAUCUUCUUCGCGCUGUCACACGUUUUGCGACGCAUGCUUUGAAUGACGAUACUAUUACUGGUUAUUCAGUUCAAUUGAUUGAUCAUGCUUCAGAGUGUCUUUCAGUGAUCCUUGCUUCUGAUUCACGGGUUUUCUACAAUGUCGGGGUGGAGUUAUGGGUUUCUUGUGCUAUGGAGAUUGUUAGUCUACUGCGAAGAAUUGUCUCUGAUGAUAAACAGCGUGCUUGUAGCACAGUACCACUCUCAAAAAUGUCUAGACUUGUAGUUGAGCAUUUCAGUAGCUUUCUGAGAUUCCAUCCAAAUCCGAAGAACGUUUUCCGUAUUUUUGUUGAUAGGCUUCUGGAGCCAUUGUUGGAGUUUUUGGUUUUGUUGCACCUGAGGGAUGAUACUGGAAAAAAUGAAGAUGUUGGGAGCUUAGUGAAGAUGAUAGAGGAGGUCUUAUCCAAUGGGCUGUUCCAUCCUGCUCAUAUCAGUGGUUUUUCUAGCUUAAGGGGUUCAAGUCUGCAGCAGGAGGUUAGAGAAUCAAAGGGGAUAAAUGAAAGCUACCAUAGACACUUUUUUAGGAGGUUGGAGAAGAUUAUAGCAGAAAAGAAGGCUAUGGCGUUAGGUGGAUUGGGUUAUUUACUUCGGAUGUUUGUUUCCAGAGUUAAGGCUCAAAAGUCAGCAUCUUUGUCAUUGAAGCAUGAAGAGGCUUUGAGAAAAGGGGCUGAGGCCUCUGAGGAAGCUCAUUCUACGAGCAAACCACUCUUUGAAAUGUUUAUGCAGUUUAUGGAACCAUUACUGGUUGAGUGUAAAAGGUUCACAGAUACUGAACUAUCAGGACUCAGAGUGGUGUCUGAAAUUCAGUUGGUUGAAGUUCAUGGCAUGCUCAGAUCUGUGAAUGAGCUCUUGCAAGCUUUUAUUCAAGAGAGAAUAUAUAUUCGCAGUGAGGAUACACCAGAAGGAACACAUUGUAGUUUCUUGACAGAGGUAUGCGGCAAUAUUAUUUCCAUCGCAGAUAGAAUACUUGUGACUUGGUUAUCUGAUGGAGGUGUUCAAAAGAUUCUGCCUUUGAUAGCCAAGGAGGUUUUGGUUGCUCUUGGUUUUAUGUUGGAAAUCGAGUAUAGAGCUGUUGGGGAUGACCUAGCAAUACUCUGGCUAGUGUUGUUGUCAUUCUCAGCUCUUUCUGUUACUAUCACAGAUAAAAAACCCUUUGAUCUGAUAAAUGCUGAGAUUUCAAAACUUGGAUGCCAAGUGAUAAACACUUACAGUGAACUUCGCCAGGUUCAUAUUCCUAUAUUUGCAUUGUGUAAAGCCAUUAGGCUUUUGAUAGUAUCUGAUGCUGUUGGUGUAGUAGGGCAUGCAAAACAUGUCUAUACUUCAACUUUAUCGUCUGAUAUAUGUUUAGAAUCUGUAACAUCUUUACUUUGGUCUCACGAGGUCCGAUUUGCUGUAUCUAAUGCUGUCAAAUCGAUACCAGAAGGGCAAGCCAGUGGGUGCAUCCAGCAUCUUACAGUAGACUUCACGGAUUCAUUGGAAUGGAUGAGGUUGGGUGAAGCAGAGAACUUAAAGAUCCACUCACCAGAAUUAGAUUUGCAAGCUGAACUUUUAGGAAGAUUUCUGUCUGAGAUAUAUACCAUUUUGUUGGACUCCUUAACUGUCACUGCAACUAACUGUGUUUUCAUUGGAAAUUCUAUGAAGAACUUGAUGAAAAAUAUUAGACCAAGCUUCAGAUAUUUGGUGCAAGACCAACCAGAUAGUGUUGAUGAGUUUUGUUUUUCUGUUACAGGCUGUAAAUUAUCUAAAGACAUAACAGCUGAAUGCGGUGCUCACUUAUGGACUAAUCCUAGAAGUAUGACUUGGAUUCUUGUGUUUUACCUUUCGCAUAUAUGUUUCCUUAGAAGUUUGUAUCGGCAAUCAAUCAGCCUCAUGCCACCAGAUUCUUCACAGAAGGCAUCAGCAGCAAUGGGGAGUUUGUUUAUUAUUUCUUGUGGAGUUGAUUGGAAAGAGAUGCCUGAUUGUAUGGAUGAAGGCUAUUUUUCAUGGAUUGUUAAGUCUCCCAUUUCUCUUGUGGAUGUCAUUAACUCUCUCUCUGAGCACUUCCUUUCAAGCAGUCCUGGAAGAUAUGCCCCUCUUGUUUAUGUCUUCCAUAUGAUGGCUUUACAGAGGCUUGUUGAUCUGAAUAGACUUAUAAAAUCAUAUGAGUUUUUACAUGAAAGAGAUGCAAGGCUUGUUCAGAUGGAGUCUGAUAUUCACUCGCAGAAAAUGUGCAAAAAGUGGAAGCGUCUCCUUAAAGUUUCAAGGAAGGAAGCAGCAGAAUUGACGAAAUUCAUGAUAGGGUACAUGCCGCCUUUGGUUUCAGGGGGAUGGCUUGGCAACACGGAUGGAACUGGUGAGGUCAAUGACAUGUUUUUAGUAUAUGAAGAUGAGUGGGACUUGGGUGCUUGCUCUCUAAGUGAGAAAUCUCUGCCUGUUGCAAUUUGGUUUCUUCUUUGCCAAAAUGUUGAUGUGUGGUGUACUCAUGCAACAAAAAAAGCUUUGAAACAAUUUUGUUCUCGUUUGCUUCAUUACUCAUUGCCUUGCAGAAGCAGUAGCACUACCAGAUUCAGUGAUAAACUGGCCAAAUAUCAACUUUUACAGCCAAGGAAAGUUACUGUACAUCUUAUUUCAUUGGAAUUUCUAAGCAGCACAGUGUCAUAUGAACAAAAAGUUCUGCUCAAGCUUUUCCCAGCAAGGUUUUGCUUUGUUCUGAAGAACACAAUAUCGCCUUUACUUUCAACAGAUCUAGCAAGUAAUGCAGAUCUGAGCUCUGCAGCAGAAUGGUCAGAGGUCAUAAAUGUAUUGGAUAAAAAGCCAGUAGUUUUUCUUGACAAUGGGGAUGCUCUACAUGAUCCAUCUUCACCGCCACCAUCUGACACUGUUUCACUGAAGAUUUGUGGUUCAAAACGCAAGAGGCAAUCAGUGUCUUCACUUGAUCUGGCACUGGAAGCUUGUGAAAGCUUGCUUAAACUUCUGGGGCGGAUGCUUCGUGCCCAUCUUGAUGCUAAAUCAUUCAUAAUCUACACAACUUGCAUCCUCAACCUGGAAAAGCAUCUUGUUUCCAAAUUAUCAAGUUAUCAGGGGGAUUCUUCUACAUAUGUGCCCUUUGAAAUCCUGAGACUAUUCAUAUCCUGCCGGAGGACCUUGAAAUGUCUACUUAUGGCAUCUGUUGAUGAUUCUGAAGUCAGGCAAUCCUUAUUUUUAUCUGUUCUGUUUAGUAACUCAUUUUCUAUGCCAUGGUUUGUGAAGUCAGUCUAUCAAGUUGUAGGAUUGCCAUAUGGGUUUUUUGGGCAAAAGCGUGCUAAUCAAGUGAAUGAGUUGAUCUUCUCAUUGAUGGAUCAUACAUCUUAUGUAUUUUUUGCAGUAAGCAGUGGGCAGACAACUGCAGUUGUGCCCUUCUUGUUAGAUGACAAGGAAUUUGAGACUGAAUCUAUGAUGAAUCAUAUCUCUGGGAUUUUGAGUGAACAAAUAGAGGAAAUAUUAUUUAUCUUGAAGAGUGAUAAGCUUGCUUUAAGAAAAGAGGCUGGAAUCAGUGUUCUAAAUUGGAAUGCGAUAUCUUCUGUGAUUGCUUGUUCUCAAGGGUUCUUAUGGGGUUUCACUUCAGCCAUAGACAACAUGUACAAGGAUUGCUCCUCUGAAAACCUUCAGCCAUCAAGAUCAAUCCGUCUCCUUGUUUCUAAACUCAUCAGCUUAAUGGGUGUGUUUGAGGAUUUUAUAAACUUAUGCUUGAAUAUAUUGCUCACAGAUCGCGGGCAAGAAAAUAAGAUCUCAUAUAAUAAAUGUGAUUUCUCUGAUUUAGUAUGUGAAGAUGGACCUUCAAACUUCAAUGUUCUUAAUAUGGAUAUUUCAACGGGAGGUAUUGUAACAGAGAAGCGUGGUGGGAAAGAUGAUAAUAUCACUGAGCAGGCUUCAGAGAAUGAUUGUACCAAAAUAGCCAGGGCCAAGAAACAAAAAUCUUCAUCUUCCCGUACAAAUUAUGCUGGCACUGUUCUUCAGGGGUUUCAAAAGUUUGAUUUGUCUAAAACACAACAUCCUAAAGAAGCUUUAUUGCAAAGCCUGUUAAGGGUUGAAAAUCCUCAGAUAGCUUUUGUACUUAAACAAAUCUUUGUUUCCUGUGCAGCUAUUUUACAGCUCAAGUGUUUGCCAUUGUUUCAUAGGGCUACUGAAUUUCAAAUAAGUUGUAGCAGCUCAGAGUUGAGUUCAUCAUAUAUUCUUCUUUCGACUUCACGAGUUGUUCUACAGGAAAUGGCAGAAAUGUCUGAGAGGCCAGAACCAUACACUUUUUUCUGGGUAAGUGGCAUAUUAAAUUACUUGGAGGUCUUAGGCAGCUAUUUUAACAUUACAAAUCCAGACCUGUCCAAGAAUUUAUAUGCAGAGCUGAUAGAUAUUCAUUUGAAGGCUAUAGGAAAGUGUAUUUCCUUACAAGGGAAAGCUGCUACUCUGUCCUCUCAUGAGACGAAUUCAAACACAAAGAUGCUCAAAAUACAAGAAAGACCAAAUAAACUUGAGAUGCUAGUCCUUGACCAUCAUGAAUACAGCAUUAAUGCAUUCAAAACCAGACUCAGGAAAUCAUUUCAAGUGCUUAUCAAAAGGCCCCUGAGGUUGCAUUUGUUGACAGUGGUGAAGGCAUUAGAAAGGGCACUUGUUGGGGUGCAUAAAAGUAGCAACAUGAUCUAUGAAAUUAGUGUUGGCAGUUUGGGUGGAGGGAUGGUCUCCUCAUAUGUUGCAGCUGGGGUUGACUGCUUGGAUUUAGUCCUUGAAAUUGUUCCAGGAACUAAGCAAGUCAUCAGAAGAAACAUCUCUAGCUUAGUCAGUGCCUUAUUCAACAUAGUUCUACAUCUACAGAGUUCUUCUAUAUUCUAUCUUGAGAAGCGUCCCCUAAAUGAAAUUGAGUUAAAUCCUCACCCUGGCAUGGUUAUUCUUAUGUGUGUUGGUGUCCUUACAAAAGUUGUUGGAGGACGCUCUUAUAAAAUGAGCCCGUACCACGUCAGCCAGUGCUUGCAUUUGCCAACAGCACUUUUCCAGAAAUUCCAUAGACUAAAUGCUUCCAAUGUCGAAUGUCACAACUGGACAUUCUCAACAAAUCAAGAUGCAAGACAAUUGAAGGUUAAACAAUGUCAUAGUAUAGAUAAUCAGUUCUCCGUUGACCUCUAUGCUGCUUGCUGCAGAUUACUAUCCACCACUCUUAGGCACCAUAAAUGUGAGGCUGGAAGAUGUGUUGCUCUGGUUGAAGAUUCAGUAAGCAUUCUCCUAAGCUGCUUGGAGAUGGUGGACCUCAACUUUACUUGGGGUUUACAGGAGGCUGUAAAAUGUGCUAGCUUCUUCAGGAGGAUUUAUGAAGAGAUAAGACAUCAAAAGGACAUCUUUGCAAGCCACGCUGCUAAUUUUCUUUCCAGUUAUAUUACUACGUACUCAGGAAAUGGCCCUCUUAAUCUGGGUAUUAAAAAAGAGGUUGACGAAGCACUCAGACCAGGUGUGUAUGCUUUGAUAGACAUUUGCACUCCCACAGAUCUUCAACGGCUGCAUACAGUCUUGGGUGAGGGUCCAUGUAGAACCACUCUUGCAAAUCUACAACAUGAUUACCGAUUGAAUUUCCAAUACGAAGGAAAAAUUUAAUAUCAAGUCUUUGUGGUGAAAAGCUUGUCGACAUGCCCAAGCCAUGCCCAAGCCAUGCCCAUGCUUCAAAUUAAUGCUGAAAAAGAUAGAAAGGUUUUUCCAAGGCUCAACUAUCGUCUUGCUUCCGAACCAAUAUGCCUAUUCGGUUCUCAGCACUCUUGAUGCUCCAGAAUUUUUAUUUUGUACAAGUAACUGGCUGCAUGAUGAUGUUUAACGAGGAAUAAGGCGAGGAUUUUACCAGUGACAAGAAACUGAUGAGACCACUCGCAUUAUUUUGUAUGUAUGUUCAAGAGAGUGAUAGAUUUGAGGGUUUAGAAUACAAUGCCCAUGUUUUGGGAUGAGGCUUCAGAGGAUGUUUGUAUGUGUUUUAUUGGAUGAGUAUUCACAGGUUCCUUUUUUA